CGUGUUUGAGGUAUAUUUUCCGGACCAUUACUGUUAAUCUGCAUUCUGUGUGGCUUGGAAAACGUUAGCAGUUGACGCAGAAAUUCGAUAGAGAAAGCAAUCUUGUUAACUUCAUAUCUAUACUUCGCUUCACUCGUAAAUGCUAUAAGUCGUGUAUCAGUUUCACUUUGUUUCGAAUCAAUAUCACAGGUAAAGUUUCAAAAAAAAGAAAUCUCCACAGCGAUGUUCUAGUGUAUCGUUAUGGAUCCUUCUCUGCAAUGACGUUUUUUCCAUUAUUUUUUGGUUGCUUGUGAAACCUACAAGGUUUUAGAAAUUACAGACCGUUAUCAUCGAUAUGUUUGUUGUAUUUAUGGCUUAUUAGGAAUUUCCAAAUAAGUUGAAAAAUACAUUUACCGCUACGAAAAUCAAACAAUAAUUCCCACUAAGAAAUAUGGAUGUUUAUUCACAGACGUUGGAAUGAUUCGCUAAUGAUCGGUAAAAGCUGUGACUUAUUGACAAGCAAGGGUUGGUGAUGCCAGGCCUGGGGACUUAAUGUUAUCUGCUGGACAGGACAUUUUGAUUACGACUAUAAAAAGAGAAAAUCCAGGAUUAUUAUUACUAAUUAGUGCUGUCAUGAACAUAUAAACAGCGUCUUUUUACAUUUGUGAUCGUGCAACAAGACGAUGUUACAAGCGUAUGGAAUCACAAUGUCGGGGGAAAGUAGAACCGAUUGGAGACGAAUAAUUCCUUGAUUUAGUGUUUUGGAAAUGGGAUUUGCCGAGGCAUUCUACCUCUAUGGAAAUUUUCAAGCUGGAUUUGGUUUAGUGGUAGUUAUUUGGACUAUUGGAUUAACAAAAGGUGAAUCUUUGGUGUAUAUUCCAGUAAUUCAGGGACUGAUGAAUACGACAUUUCUCUCGCCUGUUCCGAGUCAGAAUGAUACAUUCUGUUUAAUAACAACACCAGUGAUGUCCGAGAACAGGAACUCUAUUGUUUCGAAUUCUUCAGUGUUAUCAAGUGAACUUGUCCAGCAUAACUUAUUAACAACUUUAAAUGGGUCAUCAGGAGGAGGUGUUUGGAAAGACAAUUUCGAACAGUUGUAUCUUGUUCAGAAGAUGGGCGACAUUACACCUUUGUAUGGAAUUGCAGGUGGUGUGUAUAGUUACCUUGUUCCAACCAAAGUCUUCAACGAAACCAGAAUAUGCCUAUACUCAGGAAUUAGUUCUGUGACUUUUGAAAUGUAUGUAAUAAAUUCUACACUUGACCCUGCGGGAUUUAUAUUCAAUGAAAAAAAGGAGCUACAAUCAUUCAGCACACAAUGUUUUGUUCACAACAGUACAGAAUCCGAUGUUAUUUUAGUAAACAGCUCAAAAGCUUUUGGUGUACUGAUAGUGGAAUCGAAAACUCUACCAAGGUGUUGCCUCGACAGAGCGUUAGAGGCAAUCCCAAAUACAUCAUUGACAGGGACAGAGUUUGUCUUGGUCACUGAAGAUCCCUCGGAAAUUAUAAUUAUGGGGAUAGAAAGUUCGGAUAUCAAUGUCAAAACAACGGAAGAAGAAUUUAAUUUCACCGUUUUAUCUCACACGGUAAAGAAAUUAAAUGUGAGUGGAAACCUCUCUUUGCAAUUAACAUCGUCAAAACCUUUACAAGUUAUGUGCCUCACAGACAUGCAGAACAAUGAGAAUUCAUCUUUUCUGAAUCUCUUCACGUUGUUCCCUGUGGUACCUACUUUUUGCAAUUGGCUGGAAAUUUCUUCCAGCUGUUUUGACAAACCUUGUUUGAUUGUUCUGGCAAAGAAAGCUAGCAUUUAUCCCUCAAUAUUGAUUAACGGUUCGUUUGUAGUAGCUAAAAACUACUCAUUUGGUAAUUACAAUGUCCAGGAGAUAACAAAUCUAAAGAAAGGACAGUAUUUUUUACAAAUCCCAGACAGUUCAGGGUUGGCAGUUUUUGUAAUAAAGAGAGAUCUAGGGAGAUUAUAUCAAGUACAGCCCCUGGACAAGGACAAGUGCUCUGCCAUUCAUAGUUCUUUAUCGAUACAUUCAUCUACAGCAAUCCAUCUAGAGAACGAAAAUGAAAAUACGACAGACAGUACUGUAACUACUGAUUUUCAAAUUAAUACAACAUUAAUACAUUUUACUUCCAACCAUUCAGUAACUUCCAGUAGCUCUUCUGAUGAAAAUUCUACAUCAUCGAUAAAAACCUUGAUACUGAAUACAACUACCGAAAAAAGUGCCUUUGUAAAUGUUACUUCAACUUUAGUAAAUGCAACGAACAUCACAUUUUUGACUACUGAUUCCUCCAAAUAUGGAAGACGUAAAACAGAAAUAGAGAUUGGUGGGUUAGCUUUUCAGUCUCAAACAAAUCAAAAUGUGUCUAAAGAAGUAGCCCCAAACUAUAACAUAUUUCUUCAAGAUGUAGAAGAGGACGACAAUAGCCAAGAAUACAUGUUAGCAGUGAUUCUUUCCCUUUGUGUCGCCAUCUUUGCUGUUAUUGCAGUGAUAUCGUCUUUCUUGCUAAUGGAGUUUAUAUCGAGACAAAAACAAAUAAGAAACACUAAAAUUCGACCAUUCGUAUCGUAA